GCCAUACAUGUAUGAAUGAUAGACAAUAUAAGACGGACUGCAGCAACUUAGUCAAGAAAUUCCACCUAAUUGAGGUUCAUCACUUGUGAGUUCUGUCUUACAUACAUUAUUGACGAACGAUGGAAACCGCACGUCACUUUGCAAUAUGGGAUUAUGUCAUCUUCGGGGUAAUGCUACUCUUCUCGGCAGCGAUCGGCAUCUAUUUCGCCUUUUCCGGUGGACGCCAGCGUACGGCCGAAGAGUUCUUUCUAGGAGAUCGGAAAAUGGGCAUGAUACCAGUUGCGAUGUCGGUCGUUGUCAGUUUCGUAUCUGCCAUAUCGGUCAUCGGAACUCCAGGCGAGAUCUACAUGUAUGACACUAUGUUCGCUUGGUCACUAGUGUCAUACGCGGUUUCAAACUGCCUAAUCAUACGCCUCUUUCUUCCAAUUUUCUUUCGUUUACGCAUUACCAGUGUUUACCAGUAUCUUGAGAUGAGGUUCAAUCGAAGGGUAAAAACUGCCUGCACAAUUAUAUUCUCAAUCCAAACAGUAGUCUACAUGGGAAUUGCAAUGUACACACCCGCACUCGCGAUCAAUGCAGUUACUGGAAUGAGUCUGUGGGCUUGCGUUGUUUCUACUGGUGUCAUCUGCAUAUUUUACACAACGGUGGGCGGCAUGAAGGCCGUGUUGUGGACCGACACACUACAGACGGUCAUCAUCCUGAUCGGCGUGGUCGCCGUCAUCGUCAAAGGAUCAAUCGACGUCGGUGGCGUAGGGGAAGUCUUCCGCAUUGGUCAUCAAGGAGGAAGGAUCAAGCUUGAUCAGUUUAGUGUCGACCCACGAAUCCGCUACUCAGUGUGGAGUAUGAUGUUGGGGAUGUUAACAACGAAUAUUGGGUCAGGUGUAAACCAAACUGUUAUCCAGAGACUCUUUUCAUGCGGAUCGAAAAGGAGGGCUACACAGGCGCUUAUACUAGCUACAAUCAUCAAAUUCAUUACUGUGGGACUAUGCAUCUUCUCCGGUGUAGUUAUGUACGCGUACUACGUAGACUGUGACCCCUACACACAAGGACUCGUGAAGUCAAGGGAUCAGAUCAUGCCAUUGAUGGUUAUGGAUUUGCUUGGUGAUAUGCCUGGCCUCCCGGGUCUCUUCCUUUCAGCUGUGGUCAGUGCUUCCAUCAGCACAUUGUCUUCUGGUGUGAACUCAUUGGCAGCUAUAUCCGGCGAGGAUGGCGUGAAGGUCUUCUGGCCUAACAUCAGCGAGACGAACUACGCCAGGGUUAUCAAAUCCCUCGCUGUGCUGUACGGUAUUGUGAGCAUCGGAUUUGCCUUCAUUGCUAGUAAAUUAGGACAAGGUGUAUUGGAGCUGUGUCUUUCACUCAUCGGUAUCACAUCUGGUUCAAUAAUUGGAGUAUUCUUCCUGGGUAUAUACAUGCACCGGAGCAACGCGAAGGGUGCACUCACGGGUCUCGUGACUAGCGUGCUUUUCGUCGGUUGGAUAAAAGUCGGUUCCAUACUUUAUCCGUCAUCUCGAGGCAGGAAUUUCCUCUCCGUAGAAGGCUGUCCGGUCCCAAAUAAUACCGAGUCAAUGGUAACCAGCGAACCGGUUACCAUGAUUACAACACAGUUUACAGACGCGUUUUCACUGCAAGAGGAUAAACCAGAAUCAAGGCCCGGCAUAGCUGAUUUGUACGCUAUAUCGUUUCUGUACUAUUCCAUCAUUGGCCUAAUCAUCAGCACUGUUGUGGGAGGUAUAGCGAGCAAGAUCACAGGUUUCACUGACCCAAAUACCAUCGACCCAAGACUAAAGAACAACUUGACAGACGCCCUCUUUUGGUGGUUCCCAGAAUCAAUGAAAACUAGGAUGCGAUGUGGAAUGGAGAAAGUCAUUUAUGAUGACGAAGAUGACACUGACGAAGUCAAGGAUAGUGCUGACUUCAGCGGCACAAAUGGGAAAAUGAAAGAAAUAUACGCCGAUGAGAACAAAAUGAGGCUCGUGCCAGAUGAUCGCAAACACUCCGGUACACCAGUAUAAAGCGUUUUCGUUGAAAACUAAUUUGAAUUAUUAAUUAACAGCUGACGUCAUUAAAUAAUAAUAGCAGGGCCCGC